CUCUCCAAGCUUCAAGUUGGCCCUCUCCUACAUUUCCCUUCUUCUGUUUAUCCCUCCGUCUUCAUACCACAGAUACCACAGCCUCAAAGCCCAUAGCCCCUGUAACAAGUCCUGCUACUCUCGCAUCCCUCUUCCACCCCCAUCUCAGAGUAUCGCAUGCUUCUUACAGUAUCUGGUGAUACCUUCAACUAUCUCAUCUCAUCAUCAUGGCACAAAACGAGGCCGCCUACGAACGCUUCGUGUGGCGCCAGACCGAACCUGGCGUCUGGCAGCGCGGCGUCGACGAGCUGGAAUACUACUACUCGUCGCAGUUGCUCGCGUACCAAGGCGCCACCUCCAAGCCUCUUUAUUUGAUCUCCCAUCUUGUUCUCCAGUUCGAUCAACCCGCCGACUCGUCCGUUUCCAGCCAGGAUGCCGAAGCUCGCGCCAACGAAGCCCUGCGCAAGGCAUGGGACACCCUCCGGUACAACCACCCCACCAUCGCCAGCCAGGUUGUGAGGGAUGCCGAGACCGGUGAUCUCGCCAAGGUCUAUCGCAAUAACGACCCGGCCGCCUUUGCGUCGACCUUUGUGGUCCUGCCCUCUCACACCGACGCCGAUGAGUGGGCCAAUUCGGACCCGCCAGCGCCCGCCCUCCCGACCCUUUUCGUGAUCCCCACCCCGACCGAAGCCGAUCGGCCCAUUCGCCGUGAGCUCUUCCUCCGGGUCGGCCACGAGAUCAUCGACGGCGUCGGCCUCGCCAUCUUCUUCGGCAACUUGGUCAAGCUGGUCGCCAAGGCCUACGAGCAGGGCGCCGACUUUGUCGUGCCGACCUGCGACGGCUCCGAAGUCUCUCGCCUCAGCCCGCCCCUGCGCGUGGCCUCCAACAUGCCGGCCAAGGGAACAGAAGCCCAGCAGAAGCGCCUGGCGGGUUUCGGGGCGGAGUGGGCGGCCACGCAGGCCCCCGCGGGCACCCGCACGCUGACCAUCCCCUACAAGAAGGGCGAGACGGUCCCGGGCCCCAGCCAGGUCGCGGCGGCCACGCUCUCGGCGGAAAAGACGAGCCAGCUCGCGGCGGCGUGCAAGGCGGCGGGGGUGUCCAUCACGCACGCCUACCACGCGGCGGUGCCCAUGGUGCUGCUCGACCUGCACGAGAGCGAACGCGGGGCGGACCCCGUCCCGAUGCGGUACAGCAGCCUCAUGCCGCGCAACGAGCGCCCCGCGUGCCUGCCGCCGUACAACACGGCCGAGCACCCGGCGGCGCUGUACCACUCGGUCUCGCCGCUCUUCAUGCCCGUGGACGUGACGCUCCCGGCGGCGGGCGACGAGGCCGGCGCCUCGCCCGCGACGCGCAGGUCGCAGUACCGGGACGUCCUGCAGACGCUCAAGGGCUACUACGAGUCGUUCCGGAAGGACCCGGACUUUGUGUUCCUCGGGUUCCAGAUCUGGGGGAACCUGUUUCCCCUCCCGCCGCUGGGCGCUGCUGGCCCGCCGCCCGUGCCGCCUUUCAACCCGGAGCCCGGCGUGGGCUUGUCGAGCAUGGGUAAGGUGGACGCGUUCAUCCCGGCGCGCGAGGGCGCGGUGGAGGUGUUUGACGUCUGGUGGACGGGCGAGGAGGCCGGGGCGACGUUCAACGGGGGGUUGGUCGGGUUCCGUGGCGAGUCGACUUUGACUGUGGCGUAUAACAAGGCCUGGCACGAGAAGGAGGAGGUUGUGGACUUUUUGAAGCGGUGUCAGAGGGAGGUUCUGUGGCAGUUUGACAUUCCUGUGGAGGCCUAAAAUAAGGUGGAGGAAAAUGGAGAAUUGGCGUUGAGCAUGGGGUUUCCUAAUUUUAUUUCUUUCUGUCUGUCUUGAUUUAUUUUUGA